AGCCGACCCUCAGCAAUGACCUCCUUCUCCAGCCGCAGCAGCUACACCUCCUCCCCCAUGAGGAGCUCCAUCAUGAUGGGCCCCUCCACGUUCUCGUCCUCCCGCCGAGUCAGCAGCAUGGGUGCUGGCAGUGUGUACGGAGGAGCCGGAGGGUCUGGAGUCCGCGUCUCCAAGGCCUCCUUCUCCAGUGCCGGAGCCGCCGACGGCUUCAACCUGGCCGACGCCAUCGACGUCUCUGCCAGCGAGAAGAUCACCAUGCAGAACCUCAACGACCGCCUGGCCACCUACCUGGACAAGGUGCGCAGCCUGGAGAAGGCCAACAGCGACCUGGAGCUCAAGAUCAGACAGUUCCUGGAGAGCAGGGCCCUUCCGGAGGCUCACAACUUCACUGCCUUCAACAUCCGCAUCAAAGACAUACAGGACCAGAUCACCGCCGCUGCUCGUGGAAACGGCGCCCUCUUCCUCGCCAUUGACAACGCAAAGCUGGCCACCGAUGACUUCAAACUCAAGUUUGAGAAUGAGCAGGCCAUGCGUCAGUCGGUGGAGGCCGACAUCGCCGGGCUGAAGGGGGUCAUGGACCAGCUGACACUGAACCGGGCCGACCUGGAGAUCCAGUUGGAGGGUCUGAAGGAGGAGCUGAUCCUGCUCAAGAGGAACCAUGAGGAGGACCUGCUGGCUCUGAGGGCCCGGGUGGGAGGUCAGGUGAACGUGGAGGUGGACGCUGCUCCUCAGCAGGACCUGUCCGCCAUCCUGGCUGGAGUCAGAGAACACUACGAGACUGUGGCCACAAAGAACCGCAGAGACCUGGAGGCGUGGUUCCAGGCUAAGACGGCCGAGCUGAACAAAGACGUCGCUGUGAGCACUGAGACCCUGCAGACGUCUCGCUCUGAGAUCAGUGAGAUCAGACGAACUCUUCAGACUCUGGAGAUCAAACUGCAGGCUCAGCUCAGCAAGAAAGGAGCUCUGGAGAUGACUCUGGCUGAGACCAGCAGCCGCUAUGCCAACAUGCUGGCAGGUUACCAGAGCCAGGUGGUGGCUCUGGAGGAUCAGCUGGCCCAGCUGAGGAGCAACCUGGAGGCCCAGAGGGUCCAGUUCGCCGAAUUGCUGGACAUCAAGACCAGACUGGAGCUGGAGAUCGCCGAGUACAGGAAGCUGCUGGACGGAGACGCAGAUAGAUCCAUCACCACCACCAAGACCACCCGGGUGGUGACCAUCACGCAGGAGGUGGACGCCUUGGGAAACGUGGUGACCCGUAAGGACAAUUAG